AUGUCCCCCACACACUCACUGCCCCCAGACCCCCCCUCUCCCCGCAUAAAUCCCUUCCACCUCCUCUCCCACCCCGACCCCUCUCACCCCCUGCCCGACCUUCCGGCCCGUCUCCAAGCACGAGCAUCCCAGGCAGACCCCCACCCGCACCCAGAGUCCCGCUCGCCGCCCGUGCAUAUCACCAAGGUGUCGGCCGCCCAGGUGACCCUUAGAUCCCACGCCGAAGCGACAAAUCACAAGACCUUUCUCGCACGGGUCAGCGGGGCGUUCAAGAGGGACUCGGGGGAGAGCGACAGCAGAUUCGGCACGUCGCCUAUCGUCAUGCAAGGAGCACCGCCGAGCCCGCCCCCGAGUGAUGGGGGCAUGGGCGACUCGGUCGUCGUGUCGGAUGAGGAUCUGCCAGCCACGUUGUCGUCGAAUGGCAACCAUUCUCAGACUGGAGAUGCUCGACCUGUUCUUGCAACCAGCUUCACCUCGGAACCCUCAGACUUUGACUCGCACGUCGUCCUCGCCCCGCCGAUCCCUGCAGCUCGGCGCGUCUCGGGCAGCUCAACAACGUCGAGCCGAGCGGGGUCUCUGGCUCUGGUGCGCAGCGGUCGCUUGGCGCCUCAACGGGACGGCGAGAAUCCCGCCAAGACCAAAGACUUGCCGUCGCUGCCCAACGGGUCGGACGUCGAACUGGAACGACGUGAUAGCGCAGGCAACCUCCUCUCGCCCAUUCCCAUGUUGCAUCGCCGGAGUACAGUCGGUUCAACCAUACCCCCACCCCCUCCUGCCCCUCGGUCUCCUCUCAUGCAUUCUCGCUCGGCGUUUGCCUCGCCGUCUUCCAUGCCGCCGCCUGCGCAGGGGAAGAACGGUUUCUUGGACUCGGCUAUUCAGGAGCAGGAGGAGACUAUCAGGCGUGAAAGAUUUUCGCGGCUAGAAAGGAGGUCGAAGAAGGCGAGCGCUACGAGUGAUGGAGAACACGAGCCCAAACCUGAAGACAUUUCUUCGCAACAUUACUCCCCCAAGCAACAGGCGCCGCCCCCCCGACAGCCGCUUGACAAGGAAAAGGAAGAGGCCAGAGUGCUUGUGGGAAACUUGAUUGGCGAAGAUCAUGUCAACUAUGUUCUGAUGUACAACAUGCUCACGGGUAUCCGAAUAGGAGUGUCGCGAUGCCAGGCCAAGAUUGGACGCGUCUUGACUGAUGACGAUUACACCGCGCGCCACAAGUUUUCAUUCGACAUUAUCGGAAACGAGCUCACGCCGUCUGCAAAGUACGAUUUCAAGUUCAAAGACUACGCCCCCUGGGUGUUUCGUGAACUGCGCGAACAGCAUUUCAACCUUGACCCUGCCGAUUAUCUCCUGUCCUUGACCGCAAAAUACAUCCUCUCCGAACUAGGCUCUCCCGGGAAAUCCGGGUCCUUCUUCUACUUUUCUCGCGACUACCGCUUCAUCAUCAAAACCAUCUCCCACCACGAACACAAAUUCUUGCGGUCCAUUCUCAAAGACUACCACGAACAUGUCAAGGAGAACCCCCACACUCUCCUCUCCCGGUUCUAUGGCUUGCACCGUGUCAAGCUUCCGCGUGGACCCAAAAUUCACUUUGUCAUCAUGAACAAUCUUUUCCCGCCCCACCGAGAUAUCCACGAAACGUACGACCUCAAGGGUUCUGCCUUUGGCCGAGAAUACCCCGAAGACAAGGCGUUGCAGAAUCCUAGGGCCACGCUCAAAGACAAGAACUGGGUCAACAGGGGCAGGCUACUGGAGCUCGGGCCGGAGAAGAGAGCGCUGUUGACAUCCCAGCUGAAGAGGGAUAUGGAGUUUUUGAGGAAAAUCAGGGUGAUGGACUACUCCCUUCUUGUUGGGAUACACAAUAUGGAAAGGGGAAAUCGAGACAACCUCCGAAACACUCAACUAUCCGUCUUCCAUCCAGAGGUCACCACGACCAGGCGCAAGCCAUCCACCCACAACGGCGGCCACGAAGCUUCCAACAUUCGUAAAGUUGUUCGACGUGCAGACCCCAAAACCCUGGAUGUCACAUCCCAAUUACCCUCGGAAGAUGCGCCUGACCACGCAGACCUCAUCUUUUAUCAAGAUGAAGGGGGGUUUCAGGCCACUGACGAGCGGAACAACCCACUAGACACCAUAUACUAUCUCGGUGUAAUCGAUAUCUGUACUCCUUAUAAUACGGCCAAAAAGGUCGAACAUUGCUGGAAGAGUAUGACAGAGGAUAGACAUAUGAUUUCUUGUGUGGAUCCCGUGCAGUAUGGCCAGCGAUUCUUCGACUUUCUUCGGUCUGUCAUGCGCAAAGGGGAUCUCUCUCUCCGCCCGCCCGGUCUGGAACCUAUCGCCAAGGUUGACAGGCUCGAUGUUGGGCAAGAUACCGAUAGAGAUCCAUGUGCGGGCAUCGACACUACUGCCAAAACUAGCGGCGGCGCUGACCAGGGCGGUGGCAUCGAGGGCUUGAACUCUGCCGAGGUGCUCAGGGAUGCGCCAGGGAUAGCUCUCAGAGCGGACGGCGCAGAGGCACCAGAACCAGCAAUGGUCGGACAUUUGAAAGCGGACCAGGUCAGAUAA